GCACAUGCCGGGCUUGGAGCACCGGAGCCGCGGGAUUCCUGUCUCUGCCCAGCUCCCGUCCCUUCCCCGGAGAGAGCGUCAGCUGGGCUCCGGCAGGGAGGAGGGCUCACCUACCGCUCCCCUCCCGGACUGCAUUAAUCCCAGAGCAAGCAAACCUAGUAUCCACAUCAUGGGGGAUGUGAAACUGGUGACAUCUACUCGAGUCUCCAAAACCUCCCUGACACUCAGCCCCCCCGUCCCUGCUGAAGCACCAGCAUUUACCCUUCCUCCUCGGAAUAUCCGGGUGCAGCUGGGAGCCACCGCCAGGUUUGAGGGGAAGGUCAGAGGCUACCCUGAGCCACAGAUCACAUGGUACAGAAAUGGGCAUCCUGUCCCAGAGGGAGACCAUUAUGUCGUGGACCGCAGCAUCCGGGGAGUGUUCAGCUUGCUCAUCAAAGGUGUGCAGGAAGGAGAUGCUGGCAAAUACACCUGUGAGGCUGCAAAUGAUGGUGGGAUUCGUCAAGUGACCGUGGAACUGACAGUGGAAGGAAACUCCUUGAUGAAAUACAGCCUGCCAUCCAGUGCCAAAACCUCUGGGGGAAGACUUGCUGUUCCAUCUGUGGAGCAGAGGCCAAGCAUCUGGGGAGAAAGUCCACCCAAGUUUGCUACCAAACCCAACAGAGUUGUUGUGCGUGAAGGCCAAACAGGCAAAUUCUCAUGUAAAAUUACAGGACGACCUCAGCCUCAAGUAACUUGGUUUAAGGGUGAUAUUCAGUUACAGCAAAAUGAGCGUUUCAAUAUGUACGAGAGAACAGGCAUCCAGUUCUUGGAGAUCCAAAACGUUCAGCUUGCUGAUUCAGGAAUUUACACGUGCACUGUGGUGAACAGCGCUGGGAAGGCAUCAGUGUCUGCAGAGCUCACCGUUCAAGAUCCAGAUAAGAUGGACACAUACACUCAGCCACCUUGCGUGCCAUCAAAGCCAACCACACUUGCUGUUAAAGCUGUUGAAAAUUCAGAAUUCAAACAGGCAACCAGCAAUGGGAUUGCUAAAGAGCUGAAAUCCAGCAGCACAGAGCUCAUGGUUGAAACUAAAGACAGGGUGCCAGCAAACAAAGAGUCCUUUUAUAUCACCAGAGAAGCCAAAGAAAGUAAGCAAGGACAGCACCAAGAAACCAACACAGAACAUAAUGAAGGAAAAAAGGGACCUCAGGUCUUGCAGAAAACUUCAAGCACCAUCACACUACAAUCUGUCAAACUGCAACCAGAGCCAAAGGCAGAAUCCCAGGCCCCUUCCAUCAGACAGGGUGAAAACAGGAAAAGGGGUGUGCAACUCUUGAUGUCAGCUCAGCAAACUCCACCUCUGACAGGGCACGUCAGUCCCAGGACUAGAGAAGCAGAAAACAGGUCUGGAGCCCGGGGGGCUGUAAUGGAGGAGAAGAGGGAGCACCUGGGAAUUCCCCCUCAGUUUGAGACCCAUCCACAGAGCCUGGAAGCAUCAGAAGGCCAAGAGAUUAAAUUCAAGAGCAAAGUUUCAGGGAAGCCAAAACCAGAUGUGGAGUGGUUCAAAGAAGGUCGACCUAUUAAAGCUGGAGAAGAUGUUCAAAUAUAUGAGGAAGAUGGAAUUCAUUGCCUAUGGAUAAAGAAAGCCUACUUGAGGGACAGUGGAUCUUACAGCUGCACAGCUGUCAACCCCGAAGGCCAGACUUCCACCAGCUGGUUGUUAACUGUCAGAAGGCCUAAAGUUGAAGAGGUUGCUCCAUGCUUUUCCAGUGUCUUGAAAGGAUGCACUGUGAGCGAAGGGCAAGACUUUGUGCUGCAGUGCUGCGUGGGAGGGGUCCCUGUGCCCAACAUCACAUGGCUUCUCAAUGACCAGCCAAUUCAAUAUGCCCAUUCCACUUUUGAAGAUGGAGUUGCAAAACUGACUGUCCAAGAUGCCCUACCAGAAGAUGAUGGAAUUUAUACCUGUCUGGCUGAAAACAACACAGGACAGGCAUCUUGCAGUGCUCAGGUCACAGUCAAAGAAAAGAAGAGCAGCAAGAAGGCAGAGAGUGCACAGGCUGCAAAGUUAAACAAGACUUUUGCACCUGUCUUCCUGAAAGGCCUGACUGACCUCAAAGUAAUGGAUGGAAGUCAAGUGAUAAUGACUGUGGAGGUAUCAGCUAACCCAUCUCCUGAAAUUAUCUGGCUGCAUAAUGGGAAAGAAAUCCAGGAGACAGAAGAUUUCCACUUUGAGAAGAAAGGCAAUGAGUACAGUCUGUACAUCCAGGAGGUGUUUCCUGAAGACACAGGCAAAUAUACCUGUGAAGCCUGGAAUGAAGUAGGAGAAAGUCAAACACAGGCUACAUUGACAGUUCAAGAACCUCAGGAUGGUAUUCAGCCCUGGUUCAUUAGCAAGCCGAGAUCAGUGACAGCAGCUCCUGGGCAAAAUGUCCUGAUAUCCUGUGCCAUUGCUGGAGAUCCUUUCCCCACUGUUCACUGGUUUAAAGAUGGGAAAGAAAUCAUGCCAGGAACAGCGUGUGAAAUCCUGCAAAAUGAAGACAUCUUCACACUGGUCUUGAGGAACGUGCAGCCUCGUCAUGCAGGGCAAUAUGAAAUUCAGCUCAGGAACCAAGUUGGAGAAUGCAGCUGCCAGGUGUCUCUCAUGCUGCGGGAGAGUUCAGCUUCCACAGCAGAAAUGCUCAGAGAUGGGAGGGAAUCAGCCAGCUCUGGAGAGCAAAGAGAUGGUGGAGAUCAUGGUAAACUAACAUCUGGUAGAACAAGUGGCUUCAAAAAGAACAGCAGUGUAACCAGAGUAGCUGAGGAAGAGCAGGAGGACGUCCGAGGCGUGCUGAAGAGGCGAGUGGAAACUCGGGAGCACACAGAGGAGAGCCUGAGGCAGCAGGAAGCUGAACAACUUGAUUUCCGUGAUAUUUUAGGCAAGAAAGUCAGCACCAAAAGUUUUUCUGAGGAGGAACUGAAAGAAAUCCCAGCCGAGCAAAUGGACUUCCGAGCAAACCUGCAGCGGCAGGUCAAACCCAAGACCUUGUCAGAGGAGGAAAGGAAAGUCCAUGCUCCCCAGCAGGUGGACUUCCGCUCUGUGCUGGCCAAGAAGGGCACCCCAAAAACCCCACUGCCAGAGAAGGUGCCACCUCCUAAACCUGCAGUUACAGAUUUCAGGUCUGUGCUGGGCUCCAAGAAAAAGCCACCUGCGGAGAAUGGCAGCGCUGGCACCCCUGCACCAAAUGCUCGUGCCAACUCUGAAGCCCAGAAUGCGACCCCCAAUUCUCAAGCCCCUGUUGCCAAACCAGCAGUGAAAAAAGAGGAGAAGAACGACAGAAACUGUGAACACGGGUGUGCAGUGGUGGAUGGCGGAAUAAUUGGGAAAAAAGCUGAAAACAAAGCACCAGUGAGCAAACCACCAGCAAGCAAAGGAGCAGCACCCUCCUUUACAGAGAAGCUUCAGGAUGCUCAAGUAGCUGAUGGUGAAAAAUUGGUCUUACAAUGUCGGAUUUCCUCUGAUCCCCCUGCAGCUGUCACCUGGACUCUAGACAGCAAAGCCAUCAAAUCAUCGAAGUCCACUGUCAUCUCCCAAGAAGGGACACUCUGCUCACUGACCAUUGAGAAGGCCAUGCCUGAGGAUGGGGGCGAGUACAAGUGCAUAGCUGAGAACCCAGCAGGGAAAGCUGAAUGUGCUUGCAAAGUGGUGGUGGAAGAUGCCUCAAAGACCUCAAAGCCUACUGAGAAGAAGACCAAGAAGCCUAAGACCACACUUCCCCCAGUGCUGCCAACAGAGAGUGAAGCAACAGUGAAGAAGAAACCAGCUCCAAAGACUCCUCCAAAAGCAGUAAUUUAAAGGGAUAUUUUAUUUUAUUUUAUUUUCAGGAAAGUCCGUGCAGGUGAAUCAGUGGAAUUGUUUGCCAAGGUGGUAGGAACAGCACCCAUAACUUGCACCUGGAUGAAAUUCCGUAAGCAGAUUCAAGAAAAUGAAUAUAUUAAAAUUGAGAAUGCUGAAAACAGCAGCAAGCUAACAAUAUCAUCAACAAAGCAGGAACACUGUGGAUGUUACACCCUAGUUGUAGAGAACAAACUUGGCAGCAGACAAGCACAAGUCAACCUUACAGUUGUUGAUAAACCAGACCCACCUGCCGGAACUCCCUGUGCGUCGGACAUUCGGAGCUCCUCCCUCACCCUCUCGUGGUACGGCUCCUCUUACGAUGGUGGCAGCGCCGUGCAGUCCUACACCGUGGAGAUCUGGAACUCGGUGGAUAACAAAUGGACAGACCUCACCACCUGCCGCAGCACCUCUUUCAACGUGCAGGACCUGCAGGCUGACCGGGAGUACAAAUUCCGCGUGCGAGCUGCUAACGUGUACGGCAUCAGUGAGCCCAGCCAAGAGUCCGAGCUGGUAAAAGUUGGAGAGAAACAAGAAGAACCUAAAGAGGAUGAAGCAGAGCUAUCUGACGAUGAGGGGAAAGAAACAGAGGUCGAAUAUCGGACGGUUACGAUCAACACUGAACAGAAGGUGUCAGACGUCUAUAACAUCGAAGAAAGACUGGGAUCGGGAAAAUUUGGACAAGUCUUCAGGCUUGUUGAAAAGAAGACUGGAAAAGUUUGGGCAGGAAAAUUUUUCAAAGCCUAUUCUGCUAAGGAAAAAGAAAACAUAAGGGAUGAAAUCAGCAUCAUGAACUGCCUGCAUCAUCCAAAACUUGUCCAAUGUGUAGAUGCCUUUGAAGAAAAAGCCAACAUUGUUAUGGUUUUGGAAAUGGUUUCUGGAGGAGAACUCUUUGAACGAAUCAUUGACGAAGACUUCGAACUGACAGAGAGAGAGUGCAUUAAAUAUAUGAAGCAGAUUUCAGAAGGAGUUCAAUACAUUCAUAAGCAGGGUAUUGUCCACUUGGAUUUGAAGCCAGAAAAUAUUAUGUGUGUCAACAAGACUGGUACAAGUAUCAAACUCAUUGACUUUGGACUCGCAAGAAGAUUAGAAAAUGCAGGCUCUCUGAAAGUUCUCUUUGGGACACCCGAGUUUGUGGCUCCAGAAGUUAUAAACUAUGAACCUAUUGGAUACGAAACAGAUAUGUGGAGUAUAGGAGUUAUCUGCUACAUUUUGGUCAGCGGACUUUCUCCUUUCAUGGGAGACAACGACAACGAAACCCUUGCCAAUGUCACCUCAGCAACGUGGGACUUCGAUGAUGAGGCUUUCGAUGAAAUCUCUGACGAUGCCAAGGACUUUAUCAGCAAUCUACUAAAGAAAGACAUGAAGAGUCGCUUAAACUGUACUCAAUGUCUUCAGCAUCCCUGGCUGCAAAAAGACACCAAAAACAUGGAAGCCAAAAAACUUUCCAAAGAUAGGAUGAAGAAAUACAUGGCCAGAAGAAAAUGGCAGAAAACAGGCCAUGCUGUCCGAGCAAUAGGAAGACUGUCGUCCAUGGCAAUGAUUUCUGGUAUGAGUGGGAGGAAGGCCUCUGGGAGCUCGCCUACCAGCCCUAUAAAUGCAGACAAAGCAGAGAAUGAAGAUGCUUUCCUCGAAGAAGUGGCUGAAGAAAAGCCCCACGUAAAGCCAUAUUUUACUAAAAAAAUCCUUGACAUGGAAGUUGUGGAAGGAAGUGCUGCUAGAUUUGACUGCAAAAUUGAAGGCUAUCCCGACCCUGAGGUGAUGUGGUUCAAGGAUGAUCAGCCUGUCAAGGAGUCCCGUCACUUCCAGAUAGAUUACGAUGAGGAAGGGAACUGUUCUUUGACUAUUUCUGAAGUAUGUGGGGACGAUGAUGCCAAAUACACCUGCAAGGCUGUUAACAGCCUUGGGGAAGCCACGUGCACCGCAGAGCUCCUUGUGGAAACAAUGGCAAAAGAAGGAGAGGGAGAAGGAGAAGAAGAUGAAGAGGAAGAAGAAUGAAACAAGACUAAAAAAAACAAUAUUUAAAGACUCUCCUUAUAAGGCUCAGAAAACCAAGUUAUCAAAAGCACCUUGUGUGAAAUGUAGGUCUUUGGGGGGUUGUUAUUUCAGCCUGAUCAGUUGAUACCUGUUAGCUUUAUGUAUGGGCAUUACUUCAAACCAACAGGCUUUAAAGUUGCUAGUAUGAUUGGACUGACUUUAAGCAAGCCAUCAACUAAGUUGCCCAGACUACUUUUAAAAUCAAAUGUAUGGAAACCAAGUUAUAUUCUGCAUAUCUUAAAGAAAAAAUUACUGUUUACUGAGCUCAUUGCUCUUUACCGUCACUUUUCUCAGCCAAAACCGCAGCUAAAUUGGCUCCCUGAGAUCUACUUUAAAGGAAUUGUUGGCCAGACACGCAGUGAAUCUCUCCAGUCCUGAAGAAUAGGCUAUCCCCUUAGCUGUAUCUUCUGUAAGGGAAGGUUUGACACAGCCAGUUUUGCAAUUUGUAUGUUGGCAUGGUUCAUUUCUCGUUUGCUUUAAGCAGAGUUCCACUCCAAACUUCAGACAUUCACUGCCUCUGUCAGUGAGAUGUUAGUGCCCUUGCAUUACUGGCUAGCAUUAAACAUCCAGGUGUUUUCCUGAGAUAUUCCUGAUCUUUUAGCCAGCUGAUCCCACUUUGUCAUCUUUCCCUUAUGGAACCUGACACUUCAGUGCAGUUGCAGCUGCCUACUUAAGAAACAGAAUGAAAACACAAAGACUGAGAAUAUUUUCUGUGUUUCUGGUCAGUCUAAUAAAGACCUAUAAUUUAUAUAUAUGCUGCUGUGGAAAAACAGGUUAUUGCACAAUCAGUGAUUUCUCUGUGCAUGUGUGUGAAUGGAAUCCCCGGUUAGUUAAAGUUUUACUUGCAUUUAUUUGGCAAUUGCAAAACAGAUUUCAACUGAUGAUAAGCUGGAAACUCCCACAGAUUUUUUGAGUAGCCAAAAAGAUAGUAGCCUGGAUUACAAACUCCUCUAUUCUUAGCAAUUUCCAAAGAAUCUUAACCUAUAUAGGACCUAUUUCUACCUUAUGAGCUUGAUUGUCUUGUUUUUGUCUUGAACCUGCACCAGUAAGGCUGUUGCGUUUUUUAAAAACGCAGAAAAACAAAACAAAAAAAAUUCCAAACCCCCCUUUUUUUCUUUUUUUUCUUUUUUUUUCAGAAUGGUUAACACACUCAGACUUAGUAACUUUGCUUUCCUUUCACAGUAUUGGCACUUUUUAAUUUUUUGUUGUUGUUGUUCAGAGGUAAUAUCAGAGGCUGCAAGGUGAUUAUGCAUAAUCCAAAACCAGUGUGUCUUAUAUCUAUGUAUCAUUCCAGAAGUGAUUCUUUUUCUUUUCCACUUUUUGUGUGUAAAGUGCAACCAUUUGCAUUUCAAAGAUUACCUCUUUUGAAAAAAAAACAUUACCUUAAAUCCUCACCAUUAAGUAGUCAGUGUACUUUAAUACAGGUGUGUACAUUAUCAACCUUAGGUUGUUUGAUAUUACCUAGUUGUGUAUGUGUUUCAUAUGAUUUGCUCUUCUACAUUCAAAGUUCAACUAAUGUGGAUGACACAACGGUUUGUAACUGCUUUACUCUUCGUUGCUAAGUUCAGAUUGCCAGCAUGUCUUUUUUCUGAUUGAUAAAAACCUCUUGUUAUACUAAACACAGUAUUGCCACAAUUCCUUAUACAGAAAGGUUUUGAAUCUGAUUUAGAGCAUACAGAGCUUUCCUCACUUUUUUAAUGUUUUAGGCAACAACGGGGUGUAUUUUGUACCUUAAUAAAAAUAUGCUAAUGUUCUCCCUGUUUGUUAAACCAUCAGAGCUGCAAAGAUGAGACCGCUACGGCUGUAGUUACUCACGGUUCCUAAAUAAAGACUACCACAAAGCACA